UGUUAAGGUUGCUAGUAAAUUAUAGGUCACUUCAGAAAUCAAUAUUAUCAAUAUCAAUGUUAAUAUCUGCAGGUACGUCACUAUCUUCUAUGCACUGAGGUACCACAACAUAAUGACAGUGAAGAGAGCUGGCUGCAUCAUCGGGGGAAUAUGGACCUUCUGCACAGGCUGUGGUAUCAUCUUCAUCAUCUACUCAGACUCCACCCCCGUCAUCGUCUGCCUGGUCUCCAUGUUCUUCGCAAUGCUACUCAUCAUGGCCUCCCUCUACAGCCACAUGUUCAUGCUGGCCCGCUCGCACGUGAAGCGCAUCGCCGCCCUGCCUGGCUACAACUCCAUCCACCAGCGGGCCAGCAUGAAGGGGGCCAUCACACUGACCAUACUGUUGGGGAUCUUCAUUGUCUGCUGGGCACCCUUCUUUCUCCACCUGAUCCUAAUGAUCUCCUGUCCGCGCAACCUCUACUGUGUGUGCUUCAUGUCCCACUUCAACAUGUACCUCAUCCUUAUCAUGUGCAAUUCUGUGAUUGACCCACUCAUUUAUGCCUUCAGAAGUCAGGAGAUGAGGAAAACUUUUAAAGAGAUAAUCUGCUGUUGCAGCCUGAGGAACGCAUGCAACAGCAUCUGCACUCUAAAGUACUAAGAGACACAGACUGAGAGCACCAGUGACAAGAUGGGUAAGAUGGACUGACUGAAACUGACACUGUAACCUAACUUAGGGAGAUUCUAUCGACAACAAAAAAGUUAAUUGCACUUUUCAGCAAAAACAGUAUAAAGUUAAACACAUUCUUUUUCCUAAACCUUAUGGAACUGGAAAGAGGAUGCUCACAUUAUGUAGAAAUUUAUUUAACUAAUAACUAAUUUACUGUCUCCUAAUGAAUGUGGCAUGUACACUAAGAACUAAAACAAAGGCUCCUUAAUCAGGUAUGUAAUUUAAAGCUGCUAAAAGGAACUUUUCAUUUCGGCUCCUACAAGGAACUUUUCAAUUUCGUUGAUUUUGGUGCCCCUAGACAAAAGCGGUACUGUUUCCACUCCUGUUGAAAAACCUUGGUAAAUGGUCUGUAUUUAUAUAGCGCUAUUGUGAUGCCCACUGAAAGUGCUUUACAGUACAGCUUUUACAUUCACCCAUUCACAUACAUAUUCACACCGUGCAUCUAUGAGCAGCACUUUUCUCUAUGAGAAGGGGCAAUUCGGGGUUCAGACAUUCUGGUUAGAGGAUGACUGCUAUAACCCCUGAGCCACAGCCGCCCGCUUGGUGUACCCACCAUAUGCAUUUGUUUUGGAAUGAAUGAAAAAAAGACACAGCUGUUAGCAGGAUGCAUCGCGAUGAGGUAAUGUAUCUUCUUGUUGUAUGAUUGUUAUCGUUACUUUGUCUGAUUGAGAAAAUUCAAAUUUUUAUGACAUUUGGAUAUGACCAAUUUGACCAAUCUGAUCUGCACGAUUGAAUUCCCUUGCUACUAUGAUCAUGCUGUUUGCUGUUUUUGAUGACGUCAUGCAGCUUUUCAAGUGCUCCCUGAGACUUAGCUUGUUGUUGAAUGUAUACUGUUAUUAUGAAGUCCCUUGUAAAAAGAACGGUCUGCACCUUGCCAUGAUGAGCUUUAGGUCUGGACAGCAGUGUUUGUAAAAAAAUAUCUGCGGCAAUGCACCAGCUGUUGUUCAUGUUAACACACACAACUCCUCCUCUGCCCUUGUUAGGUCUAAUAGUUUAUAGAAAAAACUAUUUUCUCUGUGAUUGUCUCAUUUGCUGUUGUAGGUCAUAAAGAGGCAGAAGUAUUCAAAUUAGACCAUUUCAUAACCAUUCAAAAACUCCUUGUAGGGGCUUUAAACAACCAGCCAGGAAAGGAGUGGGGAGCCUGACCAUCCGGCCCACCAGGCAAUUCAUAAAUACAAAUUUGAUCCAGAGUUCACGAGACAUGUAGACACACACACAUACACAAACACACACAAUCCUAGGUGAAACGAUGGAAUACUAACUUAAACUUAUGCUCAUGUUAAUCAUAAUCAUCCUGUUUACCGAGCUGUUAACAUAUAUCCGGUGCCAAUUAUUUCUUCAAAGCUAUUUUUGUUAACAGAGCCAGAGAGUCCAUUUUAUUUAUUGUUUUGGUUAUGUGUGGUUUAUUUUAUGUUUUACAGUAUGUAUUUAGGAUAUUUUAAUAUUUUUAAUUCUAAUUGAAAUGUCAGACUGAAUAUUCUUAAGAAUUAAGUUAAUUGCUCUGUGAAGGGUGUAGCCUGCUUGCAUGAUUGUGCUUAUGCAUUAUCAGUGAUACAAAAUGGCUUCAAAAUUAUGACAAUAAUUAAUCAAAAUAUUUUCUGGGACAAUAUAAUGUCCAAGAAAAUUUGUUAUUGUGACAGGCCUACCUUAAUAUUUUUAAUAAUGCACCAAAUAAGAGGUUUCCUUGUACAUAUCCAAGCAAACUUGGUAUUGCACAAUGAAAUAUCUUGAACUGAAUCGAUAUUGAAUCGAAUCGAUUUGGGAAAUCAGUGGCGAUACCCAGCCCUAAUUAAGUAAAAUACCAAUGUAUAUGGAAACUGUCAAGAAAAGGUUUAAUAUGUGUAUUAUUGGAUUCCCAAAAAACUUUGGGUGCACCUAAAUUAUGUGCUGGUGCACCUAUAUGAAAAAGUUUGGCGCACACUUGCAACCAAUGUAAAAAGUUAGUCGGGAGCCCUGGUGUGAUCUAUUGGUUAAUAACAAAUAAUAAUUUAGUAUGGCCCUCGAAGGAUGUUAUGAAAAAUAAAAUGGCCCUUGAUAGAUAAAAGGUUCCCCAUCCCUGAGCUAGGACAUCAUGAUUUGAUUGAAAAUGUAUAUGCUCUGCCUUUCAUUCUAGCUGUAUUCUUGUGCUUUAACCUUUGUUUAAAAUUCAGUGAUUGGUUAUGAUUUUUCAAGAAUCUUUAUAUACUGGGGUCCACUGUUUGGAGCCCACUGUAUAUAUACAGACAGGUGACAUAAUAACCUGAAAAAUGAGUGGAGAAGCAAACUCCUCACUCAGACACUUUAUAUUGGCUUGUACUUUAAUUUUAAUUUUUUCCCCACUAUCAUUAGAAAACCUUGGACACUGUUGGGUAGAAGUACUCAUAUACUUUGUUUUAACUAUGCAUCAGAGUACACAUGAAGGCUACCCAGUGUAGCUUUGGAGCAUUGGUUGUGCUCGGAUAGCAAAGGCAUGAGUCAACAACAAUUAACAAAAACAGUUUUUAUCAUGUCUGUAAUGUGUGAACUCUACAGAUUUUAAAAGUAGCUAUGUAUGGGAAUUAGAGCACCAGUACAAAGCUCAGAGGGACAACAGCAUGGUGGGUAAACGCAGAGUUGAUGCAGACUGAUCCCUGUGCUGGAUUGAAUGUUUACACCUCUAACAACCUGAGAAACAAGUCAGACAUUAUUUGUCCAUGGCCUCAGAUGUACAGUAUGUCACCUAAUUUCUUAUUUGUUAGUAGGGAAAUAAAGUAGGAUAUGGCUGAACAUUUGGAUAGCUUCAACUGUUGCUGGCUGGUUUUUUUUAAAUUAUUUCAAUUACAAUCAGAUUCCUGACAUCUGCCAAAGCUCAGAAGCCCAGCAGAAUGUGAAUGUAGUCACUUGCUCUGUCUUCUUUGCUAUCAAUUAUAUCUGUUGUAUUCUGUAUCCCCCCUGUGCUGCCUUCCCGCCCACACUAUGUUAAACUAAUGUAAGUAAAGAUGUCAUAGGUUUACACUUGUAAUGUAACAAGGUGAAUGUAUAAAUAGAUUUAGUGCUC